GUGACACAAACAGGAAGUGCACAGAGAGAGGCGCCUUUUCUGAGCUCAUGUUGUCAGGCAAAAAGUAACCAUUACGACCUGUAGGCCGACCCUGUAUUUGGCCCAAAGAAGCUUUAGUUAUAUGUGAACAACAAACCACGUCAACAGAAAUUCCUCCACUUACAACAUGGCUGCUAAAAAGAAGCGAACCCCUAAUGUGCAGACUGACAGCUGGGUUGUCAUUGCCGCAGACUCUGUCAUCGACACACAGAAGCACGACAGUGACCCGGCUUUUGUGAGACUCAGGAAUCCCUCUACAGAUGCUGCGUCUCUGUAUAUGCUCGGUAGUGGCGAUGUUCAGCUGUUUGAGGUCAAAGCGUUUGAUGAAGAUUUCCACUCCUGGUUUGUGGGCCAGACUGUACAGAGAGAUGGGAGGCUUCUCUUUGUAACACCAAUGGAUCCUCUCUAUCUAAUUUUGCCCUAUUUGAUUAAAUCUGGCAGAGAGGGGAAGUUCCAGCCUGUGGAUCAAGUUGUUAUGGAUGAGGAAUUCCCAGCUUGUUCAAGGCUGCUGAGCUGCACACGUUCCCUGACCUCCCUGCACCACAUUACAGAGGAGAAAGAGGUGGGAAAACUGAAGUUCCACCGAUACAGUCAAGAGAAGACAAUGGAUUGGUUGAAGAAAAAGGUGGAGAGGACCGUCAUUGUGCUCAAGAAGAGAAAUAUCUCUGUGGGGGAAAGAGUCAAAUCCACAACAUACAUCAGAGUGAAGUCAGAGUCAGACUACCAUGAGGAGGACUACCUGCGCUAUGCCCAUGGCCUGAUAUCAGAGUACAUCAGUGAGGACCUGAGCAAAGCCCUCCUCAAACACUUGCAGUUACCAGAGCUCACAAGCCCAAAGGAGACAGAACCUCCUACCAAGAAGCGGAAACUUUCAGACAAUCCGGUGGAGGCCGGAGAGGACUACACCAAAUUCAACAGUGCAGACUUUGUGCGGAAACCGCCCAAGAAGAUGACUGCUGCUCAGAAAAGUCUGGCUAAGGUGGACAAGUCCGGCAUGAAGCCUAUGUCAUCCUUCUUCAGCCCCAAGGUCAAAUCAGAGAAAAAAUGAUUGUUGUAUAGUUUCUGGUUUUGUAUGUGACACAUUUGUAAUAAAGAAAAGAAAACUGA